AUGGCGGCUGCGCCUUCCGCGCUGUCCCUUCUGUCGCCCCCUCCAGCCCUUUGUACCUAUCGCCUCCGGAGUCGCAGUCGUCCCUCAGCCCCAGAGACUGAUGAUAAUCGAGUUGGGAGCACCAUGAGAGGAGAGAAAAACUACUACUGCCGUGGAGCUGCUGAGGACCACGGUUCCUGCCCCCCUACACCUUCGCCUCUCUCAUCGACCCUUUUGAUGCCGGCGGAGGCAGUCUCAAGUAGCUGGGCUGCUUCUGGAGGCGGUUUGUCAGGGGGAGAUGAAGAGGAGACUCGACUCCUUCAACUCUUUCGUACCGCGCCGGAUCCUUCCGAGGCCUUCCAGGCUUUGCAGGCUGCUUUGCCGUGGCGGGGCGGUAGACUUGGUUUACCCCGACGCAAGGAAGCAUUGUAUCGGGCCCUGGGCAGAGUGCUUGUGGAGGGAGGUAGUGAUGAGAAGCGACUCUGCUUGCAACUUCUCUCGGACGUUCUUCGGGGUCAGGGGGAGGCCGGCCAGCUGGAAGAGGCCUUUAAUUUAGCACUUCUGCCUCAACUAGUUGUCUCCUUACGAGAAGAGAAUCCAGCUCUGAGGAAAGAUGCGCUGCAGAUCCUGCACGUAUGUCUGAAACGUAGUUCUGGACCGGUGCUGAGAACGCUUAUACAACAGGGACUGGAAAGUACCGAUGCCCGGCUUAGAGCUUCCACAGCAUUAUUGCUCCCUAUCUUGCUUACUCCUGAGGAUUUGUUGCUCGGCCUGGAUCUCACCGAGGUGAUAAUAUCCCUAGCCCGAAAGCUUGGAGAUCAGGAUAUAGAAGAAGAAUCUGAGACAGCUUUCUCUGCACUUCAACAAAUUGGGGAGCGACUUGGCCAAGAGAGGUUUCAAUCCUAUAUUUCUCGCCUACCUUCUGCCCUGAGGAGACACUACAAUCGCCUCAUGGAGUCCCAGUUAGGAAGUCAGGUUCCUUAUUAUUUGGAACUUGAAGCCUCUGGAUUUCUUCAAGAUCCCCUUCCUUGUGCGGGGACUCUUUCCAACAGUAAUCUGAAAUUUGGGAUUAUUCCUCAGGAGUUGCAUUCGAGAUUGCUGGAUCAGGAAGACUAUAAGAACCGGACUCAGGCUGUUGAAGAACUAAAGCAGGUGCUGGGAAAAUUUAAUCCUAGUUCUACCCCUCAUUCUAGUCUUGUUGGUUUCAUUAGCUUGCUGUAUAAUUUGUUAGACGAUUCUAACUUCAAAGUGGUCCAUGGCACACUUCAGGUCCUGCAUUUACUGGUUGUUCGCCUUGGAGAGCAGGUACAACAGUUUUUGGGACCAGUUAUAGCAGCUUCUGUCAAAGUGUUGGCAGACAAUAAGUUGGUGAUCAAACAAGAAUACAUGAAAAUCUUCCUGAAGCUAAUGAAAGAAGUAGGUCCUCAACAGGUGCUUUGUUUGCUCCUGGAACAUCUCAAACAUAAGCAUUCCAGAGUUAGAGAGGAGGUAGUGAACAUUUGCAUCUGCUCCCUUCUGACCUAUCCCAGUGAGGAUUUUGACUUACCCAAACUGUCUUUUGAUCUUGCCCCAGCUCUUGUAGAUAGCAAACGCAGGGUACGCCAAGCAGCUCUAGAAGCCUUUGCUGUGUUGGCAUCAUCAAUGGGCUCGGGUAAAACCAGCAUCCUUUUUAAAGCUGUGGAUACUGUGGAACUGCAAGAUAAUGGAGAUGGAGUGAUGAAUGCUGUACAGGCCAGAUUGGCUAGGAAAACCCUACCAAGGCUAACAGAACAGGGAUUUGUGGAAUAUGCUAUUCUCGUACCAUCUUCUGCCCAGGGUAGGUCAAGCCAUUUGGCACAUGGAGCUGAUACAGACUGGCUUUUGGCUGGUAACAGAACUCAGAGUGCACACUGUCACUGUGGUGACCACAGGAGGGAUAGCAUGCAAAUUUAUGGGUCUUAUAGUCCAACUAUCUGUACUCGACGGGUAUUAAGUGCAGGAAAAGGAAAAAAUAAAUUACCAUGGGAAAAUGAGCAGCCUGGAAUCAUGGGAGAAAACCAGACCGCCAAUUCCAAGGAUAUAGAGCAGUUUUCAGCAUAUGAUUUUAUCCCGUCUCCAAAAUUAAAGCCUUCUCAAGGAAUGUCAGUCAAUGAUGAUUUAUGUUUUAGCAGAAAAAGAGUGUCAAGAAACUUAUUUCAAAAUAGUCGGGAUUUUAACCCAGAUUCUUUUCCUGUAUGUGCUGCUGUGUAUGCUAGCCUAAAUUUUGGCAGUAGGACACAGCAAACAUUUGGUAGUCAAACAGAGCAUACUUCGACAUACUGUGGUUCAAAUCCAAGUCCAGGAAACUUCACCCUUCCAUCCUAUCCCCUCUCAUCACCUCGAACUAGUCCAAAGCACACAUCUCCUCUUACUAUAUCUCCAAAGAAGUCUCAAGAUAAUUCCAUGAACUUCUCAAAUUCCUGGCCUCUUAAAAGCUUCGAAGGACUAUCAAAGCCAAGCCCACAGAAAAAGCUUUUCAGCCAAAAAUCAUCUGACCCAACAGGAGAAAAUUCUCAAGAAAAACCUUCUGCAGUUCAGCUUACACCUGCCUUGGUGAGAUCACCAUCUUCCCGACGAGGCCUAAAUGGGACAAAGCCUGUCCCUCCCAUACCAAGGGGAAUAAGCCUUUUGCCUGAUAAAGCUGAUUUAAACACAGUGGGACACAAAAAGAAAGAGCCUGAUGAGAUUUGGAAGAGUGAAAAAGAUGGUCUUACAAUUGAUCUUUCGGAGUUAAAUUUCAGGGAUAAAGAUUUGGAUCAAGAAGAGAUGCAGAGCUCUCUUAGGUCCCUCCGUAAUAGUGCAGCUAAGAAAAGAGCAAAACUGAAUGGAAGUAUUUCUGAUCUUGAAAGCCCUGAUUCUGCAAUGAAGCUUGACUUGACUUUGGACUCCCCAUCUCGAUCUUCUUCUCCAAACAUCAGCUCCUACAGUGAAAGUGGAGUUUAUAGCCAAGAAUCAUUGACUUCUUCUCUGUCUACAACUCCCCAGGGGAAGAGAAUAAUGUCAGACAUAUUUCCAACAUUUGGAUCAAAACCUUGUCCAACGAGACUUUCUUCUGCAAGGAAUAAAAACUCUCAUAUAGCUGAACAAAGCCCCAGCGCAGUACUUACAGGGUCAUCAUCAAAUUCACACCAAACUUCCAGUUUUGACUUCACAUCCACAAAUACCUUAUCAGAAGACUCAGUAGUAGUUGUUGGAAAAGGUGUAUUUGGAGGUCCAAAUUCAGCACCAGCAACCUGCAGCCAAUCAGUAGUGUCUUCUGUGGAAAAUGGGAAUUCAUUUUCAAUUAAACAAAAUAUUGAACCACCAUCAGGGAUUUAUGGAAGAGCAGUCCAGCAAAGUAUUCCAUCAUAUCUUGAUGUUGAGAAUGGAAAAGAUAGUAAAGUUUCUAUUUCAAAAUCUACUUAUGACAAGAUGAGACAAAAGAGAAAAGAAGAAAAAGAGCUUUUUAACAUUAAAGAUUGUGAAAGGAAGGAACAGAAUUCCUGGGAAAGAAUGAAACAUACAGGAACUGAGAAAUUGGCAUCUGAAAACUUACAUAUUUUUGGAGAUGAGGUGGAAAUAUCAAAAAAUGAGAGUUCCCAUUAUGAAAAUAUUGCCUUCAACCCUCCACUGAAAGGAGGGUCCAGUUUAAAACAGUCACCAUCUUUAGUGUUUUCAGAUUCAGGUGAUGCAUCUCCUGGAGCCAUUUUACAGUAUAAAGAAAGGAUGCCUUCUGUCACUCAUAGUCCAGAAAUAAUGGCUUUAUCAGAACUACGGCCAUUUUCCAAACCAGAAAUGGCACUAACAGAAGCCCUGAGGCUUCUAGCUGAUGAAGAUUGGGAGAAGAAAAUUGAGGGACUGAAUUUUAUUAGAUGCUUAGCUGCUUUUCAUUCAGAGAUAUUGAACACAAAGUUGCAUGAAACAAAUUUUGCAGUAGUUCAAGAGGUGAAAAAUUUACGCUCUGGAGUUUCUCGUGCUGCUGUGGUCUGUUUAAGUGAUCUUUUCACUUAUUUGAAAAAGAGCAUGGAUCAAGAAUUAGAUACUACGGUAAAAGUUUUGUUGCACAAGGCUGGAGAAUCCAAUACAUUUAUAAGAGAAGAUGUUGACAAAGCAUUGAGAGCUAUGGUUAAUAAUGUAACUCCUGCACGUGCAGUCAUUUCCCUUAUCAAUGGAGGACAAAGCCAUUUACACAUUGCAGUAAGAAGAUGUACAGCCCAGCACUUAUCUGAUGUAGUGGAAUUUAUGGAACCAGAUCGUAUUUUAUCUGGAACAAAGGAUAUGGCCGAACGUAUAUUACCAGCUGCUGCUAAGUUUGCUCAAGACAGCUCACAAGAAACCAGGUAUUAUGGUCGAAAGAUGCUUUUCCUCAUGAUGUGUCAUCCUAACUUUGAAAAAAUGCUUGAAAAGUAUGUCCCAUCUAAAGAUUUGCCAUAUAUUAAGGAAUCUGUUAAAAAUUUACGCCAAAAGGGCUUGGGAGAAAUACCACUAGAGACUCCUUCAGCAAAAGGAAGACGAUCUCAUACUGGCAGUGUUGGAAAUACAAGAUCAUCCUCUGUUUCUAGAGAUGCUUUCAAUUCAGCUGAAAGAGAGGUAACUGAAAUUCGUGAAGUCAACAGAAAAUCAAUUCCUCGUAAUUCCUUAGAAAGUGCUGAGUACAUAAAAGUCAUAACAGGUUUAUUAAAUGCAAAAGACUUUCGUGAUCGCAUAAAUGGGAUUAAACAGCUUUUAUCAGAUACUGAAAAUAAUCAAGAGCUUGUUGUUGGAAACAUUGUAAAGAUCUUUGAUGCUUUUAAAUCUCGACUUCAUGAUUCCAAUAGUAAAGUAAAUCUGGUGGCUCUAGAAACAAUGCACAAAAUGAUUCCGUUACUGAGAGAUAACUUAUCUCCUAUAAUCAACAUGCUAAUUCCAGCAAUAGUGGAUAACAAUCUGAAUUCCAAGAAUCCAGGCAUCUACGCUGCUGCUACAAAUGUUGUUCAGGCACUGAGUCAGCAUGUAGACAAUUAUUUACUACUACAGCCAUUUUGCACAAAAGCUCAAUUUUUAAAUGGAAAAGCAAAACAGGAUAUGACAGAAAAGCUUGCUGAUAUUGUUAUGGAACUUUAUCAAAGGAAACCCCAUGCCACAGAACAGAAAGUGUUGGUCGUUUUAUGGCACCUCUUAGGGAACAUGACAAAUAGUGGGUCUCUGCCUGGAGCUGGAGGAAAUAUACGAACAGCCACAGCUAAAUUAUCAAAAGCACUUUUUGCACAGAUGGGUCAGAAUCUGUUAAAUCAGGCUGCAUCUCAACCACCACAUAUCAAAAAGAGUUUAGAGGAAUUGCUAGAUAUGACAAUUUUAAAUGAAUUAUGAGUCUUUGAUAAAAUAUGGUAUGAUGAACAAAACUGUUUACAUGAUGACAAAUCAAACUUUUUUAAAGUUACAUUUUCAGUGCCUGCACUUCACAUCCAGUAAAUUGAAGCAAUGGCUAUUUUUAUUUGCAGUCUGUGAGUGCACAUCUGUCCUAUAAAAACCCUACCACUUGUACCCAUUACACAAAAACCUAAAAUAAUUAAUAUAACCUAAUAUUUAUGAAAUCUGAGGCACGUGGAAUGAAUCCGAUUUUAAUAUUUUUGAGAUAAGUCCUGCUCAUUUGCACUAUUCUGUAGAAACUGCAAUUUGUUGCCCUAUAUGUACAAUUAGAUUUGUAAUUAAAAAUAUACUUUUUGUUAUGUAAUCAUGUUCUGCUAUGUCUCAUUACUCAGCCUUAUUUUAUGAAGUGGAAGAAAAGUCAUUGAACUAUGUUAUCACAAACUAGGUUUUGUGUGCUAUUUGUGAAAAUAUGUAUUUCUGAAUCAGUUCACUAAUAUGAUUGUGCAGUAUUAGCUUGCUUUUGCUGCUGUGUUAAUGUGAUGUAUUCACUUACCUUUUGGGUUUAAUUAUCUACAUAAUUGUGAAAUUUACAAGUUAUAAUAAAGCAUGAUGACCAAAGUUUUAGAAAAUAUUAAACAUUUUAAAUGCACGUUUAAGAAAACGUGUUGAAUGUAACUUUCCUAUUUUUGUGUGCAAACACUAAAUUUUAUUUCUAUAUGUCCUGACAUUUAUAAAGGUGUUAUUUUGCUGCCCAGUUGUGUAAUUCCCAAAAAUAGUACCAGGUCUUCUAUAGCUUUUCUCAGAAUUCUUGGGCUUACAAGUACUGUAUGCAUCUGAAAAAAGAAAAGGAAUGUUAUGAAAUAAAAGGAUUUAUUUCUGUA